AUGGAUGUGCUUGCGGUGGCAUUAAACGUGGCUUCGCUGGUGCAAACGGGGCCUCACUUCAAAGUCACCAAGGUCUGCAGCGAAAGUUUGUUGGAGAUUGCCUCCAGCGAGCAGAGCGUAAGCUUGGAAGACUUCUGGCCAUCAGACUGCUCCUUGACAGCUGACCGCCGCCACUACUUGUACUGGGCCAUUGUCUGCAGUUCCUGCUGUGACACCUGGACCCUUGCUUUGGCGUUGACGAUCAAAGAGCUGUCGGACUAUGGUGUGAUCAUCACGCAUGAUUCCCGGCCUGUGGUCAACUUCGUCGUGUUGAACACUCCGACCAUGGACAUCGGAGACCUGCUUCCCACCUCCGUUGAGCUCCUUGAGCCUGUCUCCGGAGCUCGGGUCUCCAUGUUCAGCACUCCUGCGUCUCAGCUUGCCUUGAAGACUCUUGGGCCCGAAGUUCAAGAAAGGCUUGGUUGGGGUGUCUCAUCCAUGUUUACCGAUGAACUGCGCGAUACGUUUGCUGAGCGUUUCGGUGAGAAAAGUUUGUCGCAGACUGUACCUCACUGGUGGAUUGCAGCAAUUGUUCAAGGUGACUAUGGUUUGUACAUGGUCCACAUCGACCUGUGCGGGCCUGCCUACGGGACCUUUUGCCGCAGCACACGCGCGCUGAAGUCCAUGCCAAACGGUAAGGAGUUGCCCCUGGACUCCUUCAUCACGCCAUACUACCUGAUGACCCCGUUUCAGUCACAUCAGAUGUUCUUCGUCCACCCCGAGUCUCUCAACUUUGCGCCCACCGAUGCGAAAUUCACUGCACUGCAUGAAAUCCGCCACCUGCGAUGUUUUUACCAUGGCCAUAGCAGCUACAUCACAGCAACUCCAUUGCCGAGCUUCGUAGAUGACGAGAAGCCGAACUCCUCAUGGCUGCGCCUUAGAUCGCCAAACGAAGAGGGAAUGAACAUUGUGCACACGUGGAAGGAGGGCUUGCAGUCGAUUGCUUUCUUCCUGCGGGCUGAGAUUUUCAAGGCUCUGGAACCUGGAACUUACGUUGAAGUGGACUCCACUUGCAAAAGCGCUGAUUGCGCAGGCAAGCUGGGGAAAGUCUUGCUUGCAGCAGAGCGAAAUGCUGAAAGCGCAGACCUUCUGGUUCAGCUCGAUGGAUCGGCUGAGCCCGUUCGGAUCGAAUCUGUGGCGCUGAAGAUCUACCCAAGGUACGUGCAGUACCUGACGCUGGCUGAAAUGUCAGAACUGGUGAAAUUCCAGCUGGCACUUCUGGAUCCAGAAUUCAGAAAUGCUUUCAAACAAACUGCGCCGGGGCCAAUGCCCAGUGACUUGAUCGGCUACUUGCGCAGAGAACGUUGGUGA